AAGGGUUGUGCGGAGCUUUCUUUGAAUUAAAACAAGCUUUUCUUCCUUACCCCCAAUAUAUAACAACCUUGUUUCUUUUUCCUUCCUCCAUUCCUAACAUUUCCAUCCUCCUGCACAUUGAGUCUUCUCACAGACAGAAACACACAUACACGCAAAUGGUCCAAACUCUCUCGCUUGAAGGCCGUCUUCCCGGCCACGCUGGUGCCCUGACCGUCGAACAAACCGCGUCGCUCAAGCGACUCUGGCUACGCUUGUUUGAGCUAUUCCAACAGCCCGGUGACAAGGUAAACCUGCCUCCAGCUAUUGACGAAGCAGUCAAGGAAGAGAAACCCGCCAAGAAUGGCGGUGGCGGCGGCUUCUUUGGAUUCGGUGCCAAGAAGCAGCCAGCACAACCGGCCGAAGAGAAAUUCGUAUUCUUGGGCCGCACCGCCGAUCCACGCUGGAUGUCGUUGCCUGUGGACCAGGCAUUACCCCUGAUUCCCGGCGACAAGUUGGAAUACACGUUCUGGCAAAUGGUGGCCACCGACAACCCGGAUGCUGCCAUUCUGCGCUAUCUCCGUGCCCGCAAGUGGGACGAUGAAGCUGCCUACAAAAUGCUGGUCAACACCUUGCGAUGGCGCUUGCAUAUGCGUGUCGACGAUAUCACCAAGUUGGGCGAAUCUGGCUUGGUUCAGGAACUGGAAAAGGCCGUCCCCGGAAUGGGCGACCAGUUCUUGGAACAGAUGCGUUCCGGUAAGGCUACUUUGGGCGGUCCUGACAAGAGCGAUCGUGGUAUUUGCUUUAUCAACGUCCAGUUGCACCGUAAGGAGGACCAGCCAGCUGAAGUCAUCCAGUUGUGUUCCUUGUAUCUGAUGGAGACUGCCCGCGUGUUCUGCGGUUAUCCCAUGGUGAACGCUUGCAUUGUUUUCAACUUGGAGAACUUUACUUUGGCUAACUGGGACUUUGAGUUUGUCAAGUUCUUGAUUGUUUGCUUGGAGCGCUACUAUCCCGAAACUCUUGGCUUGUGUCUGAUCCACAAGGCUCCUUGGGUCUUCUCCACAGUCUGGAGCGUUGUAUCACCCAUGUUGGACCCUGUAGUUGCGGCCAAGAUCAAGUUCAGCAAGAACUUGGACGAAUUCCAACAACACAUCGACGUUGGGUCCACACCCGUGAUCAUUUCCAAGAACCCUGAUGUCAAGACCAAAGACGAAGCUGCUCAGGCCGAUCCUCCCAAGGCCGGUGUUUUGGAGACUCCGACAACAGCUGAAUAUCUUGCCUAUGCAGAGGAAAAGAAGCAGUACUCGAAGGAGACUGCCGAGUGGGCUAAGCAGGAUACGGUUGAAAAGGAUCUGGAUGCGGAUGCUUUGAAGCGUUUGGAACGUGGUCAGCAGCAUCGCAUCACCCGCAUCAAGACUGAGAAGGAUAUCCGUGCCAACACGAUUUACCACGAAAAGGGUCUGAUCAAGUUGACGCCUGAGGCUCGCUUGUUCAUUGAUUUCGGCGGCGGUAACUGGGAGGCUCAAGAUGUCACUGAACGUGUUUAAAUCCAUUUAUUUAUGAUACUGUAUAGAGUUUUUUUUGCAUAUA